AUGGCGAGCGCUAAAGUUCUCGUGCUCUUGGCGAUCCUUGCUCUGUUUCAGGUCUCGCGCGCCGCGGCCCGGCGGCCCGGCGCGCUGGCGUCGUCGUCGCGCCACGGCGGCACCCCCGCGGUGAUGACGGUGAACGGGUUCCAGCGCGGCGAGAGCGGCGGCGGCCCGGCGGCGUGCGACGGGCACUUCCACAGCGACGGCGAGCUCAUCGUGGCGCUGUCCACGGGGUGGUUCGCGGGCGGGCACCGGUGCCACCGGGCGAUCCGCAUCACGAGCGGGCGCACCGGGCGCUCCGUGGAGGCCCGCGUCGUGGACGAGUGCGACUCCCGCCGCGGGUGCCGCGGCAACAUCGUGGACUCGUCGCCCGCCGUGUGGAGGGCGCUCGGGCUGGACACGAACGCCGGCGAGGUCCCGGUCACGUGGUCCGACGCCUGAACGCGUCCACCGGCCGCGCGGCAAGGCCAGGGCAGGCUGGAAAUGGCGCCGGCGUGCAGUUUGUGUGCUAGCUGCUAGUUGCAAUUAGUGGUUUGCUAUGCUCUCCGCUUGAGGGAGAGGUAGAAUAAUUUACCGUUUGCUUUUCAAAAAAACAAUU